AUGGAUCCACACAUUUUGUUCCUUACACCUUUCCUACUUCUUGCAAAUCUUAGCGAUGCGGAACUUUUCAUCGACACCAAUGUCAACAUCACCAACGAUUUGGGCUCUGGGAUCGAUCUUAACGUUGAUUGUAUGAACGACGAGGUAGACCGAGGGGAGUAUUUCCUCCAGUAUCAACAGAGCUUUCAGUUUAGCUUCCAUGCCAAUAUCUUAUACCAGACAAGGUACAGGUGCACCAUGUUUUGGCCAAAUGAAUGUCACUGGUUUGAUAUCUAUGUCUUCAAGAGGGACAAUCCUCUAUGUUUUGACUGUAAAUGGAUGGUGAGAGCAAAUGGUCCAUGCAUGUUUAAUACUACUAAAAACAACUCAAAAAACACGUGUGAUUGUCCAUUUAAGGUCAACUUAGCACUAUCCUUAGAUGAGAAUCUUCUAUCCAUGGAGUAUAACCGGGCCCCACACAUAGUGUACGUUUAUUUCGUGGACACUCUGUCUCUUUCGCGGACACUCGCUCUGCUCUCUCAGUUCGUCGCUUUCAGUGGCAGCCUUUUGGGCUUCCUCGGCACAAAUUCCUCUCUGAAAAUCUCUCUCAUUUCAUUUCUCUCUCUCUUAAAAAGAUUUCACUCUGGUUCGGAGAUCGAGGAACCAAGGGGUGUCAGUUUCUCGCUCUUUUGUCUGGCAUUGUUAAGACACUUCAUGGACUUCAUGGAUUAUGAUCCGUGGGAUCUUUGGUGUCCGUCAUUUUAUCCAGACGGGAUGGAGGAAGAUGCUAUGAAUGAGAAAUCUUGCGUACAAGUGUUGAGGAUAUUGUUGACGAAAGCAGAUACUGAAAUCAAUGAGCUUGAAAAAGAACUGGUAUCCCUUCAAAGUGAACUGGCUUGGUUUGAAUACGAAGAAUGGUCUGAAAUAUGCCGUGGUGCCCUGAGAGAAAGGAUUGAUGACCUUAAUAUUUCGAUAAGAAGUUUGAGGGAUAUGGAUGAGAAUGACACUGAGGUUCAUUUACUUGUUCAUACAGAACCUAUAGCUACUAUACAUGAGAUACUGGAUGCUAUUCUGGCAAAGUACCUUCAAGAGAAAGACAAACAGGAACAUCCGAGCAAUGCCAAAGAAGUUUUUGACUCUAGCUCACAUACUCCGGUACAUGAAACUGAACUUUUGGAUGAUAGCAGUAAAGUGAGUGAUAGUUGUUCAGAUGUCACUCUGAAGGAGGCAAUCAAAGAAUCCAGGGAUAAUCCCUCCAAGCAUCAUAAAGAGCCUCAAGGGAAGAAAACAAGUAAUGCUCAAACAGAUAAGCCUGAUACUAUACAUGCUUUGGAGCAUGUGGUUAACCCCUCCAAUGUGAAGAAAAUCUUGAGCAAUUCUUGUAUGAAGAUUAAAAGUGAGGAAAAGGAAGAACACUACUCGAUACAUGCACUGAAUGCUGUCGUAGUGAAAAUUGAGUCCAGGGAAAAUGCUAAGCAGCUUGCAAAUGCUUAUGAAAAUGGUAGUCCAGAUGCUUUAAGACUUGCAGCUGGGCACGAUGGAAGGAAAACAAAAUCUGGUUCUGGGUUAGGUGCUUUCAGACAGGCUGACAUGGAGCAAAACAUAUCAAGAGGUGGAAAAGCUGCACGGAAAUGUUAUUUUCAGAAACAGAAGUUGGAGGAACCAAAUGUUGCUCAAACCAAUAUCAUGAUUUCUUCAAAUUUAUCCUCAAAGAAAGAAGGGAAGAAAAAGCCUAUAGAGAUUGAUAAGGUCAUCAGAGAAGCUGCCUUGACAAGUGCAGAACUUUCGGCUUUUUGUUCUCUUCCAAUGUUGCAAGAUCACGGGGAAAAUACUGCAAGCAAACUUCAGAGAGGGGAAAGAAAACCGCACUCACUUGGACUUCAAAUGACAAAAAUUUCUCAUAAUGACAUAAAGUCUGACUUGAAGGCCUCAAAGUCACAUAAACAACAGAUGCAGGAGGGUGUUGAAUCUGGAGAUUUGAAUAGGAUGGUCAUGAAGAGAUUAAUGCAGCCAGUCCGACUUGAUUCCAAUGACCAUGGUGCUGUUCUCAGGAAUUCAGUUUUGCAGCCAGAAAAGAGAAGAAAGAACUCAAUUUCGACAUUCAGUACCAUGAAGGCUGAAGAGUUCUCUGUUCAAAUGGACUGCUCAAAUUCUCCCAGGACUACAUUUGGUCGUUCUGUUAAGGAUGAACCUUUAACCCCCAAUUCUUACUCAGUUGGCGAUUUAGGUACAAAGGAUGUGAAGCCAUUUCUUCCAGUUGCAACUGAGGUUACUGACCUCAGGAGAUUGAAAAUGAAUGACCUCAAGGCCAUGGCGAAGCAACUAAACCUGACUAGAUAUUACAAGCUUAAGAAAGAUGCUCUUGUUGAACUCCUAACCAGCAGAUUAAGAAGUUGCUAAAACUUCCCAAGUAGAUGAUGUACAAAUAGUUAUCCACUUUCUCGUCGUUCUCCUGCCUGUCCAUGAUGUUUUAGUGGUCUUCUCUUGGUGUCUUUGACGUCCCGUGGAAUUUUAAUGGCUCCAUUGGUUGCUGCUGCUGCAUAUGAUUUAAGGGAACAAUGGAUCAAUUGGAUUACUGUGGGAUGUCAGAUGUGCCCAGAUCUCUUCUGUAAUAGAUUUUAAUCAGGAGGACUGGAUGCGUGAUCAAAA